UGCUAGCCAGCGCGUACGCGUUCGUUUCGGGGUACAAACCGAAAGUUGUGUUAUUGCCGCGCGUGCUUUCUGAGGCAAAAGUUUGUCUCGCUUGAGCGUCGACUGAAUCGCAGGAAAGGCACGGAGCUGUGCCUUUCGUCUACAUCUGUCACUAAUAUUUGUUCGGCAGCUAUUGCCGUUGUUGUGUCCACCACGUGGAAUAAUAAUUCGAUGGCCAGCGGAGUUAUAGUGAGCUACCCGUCGCCGGCGCCUCACGAGUCCCGCCCUACGGUCUUCAAAAAAGACCGACGCAUGCGGCAUUCCAAGUCGGACCCUGUGCUGAUGGCGCUGUCGCACAACUCAUUCGCGCGCUACUCGGAGCGAGAAAAAUGCUGGGACAGCAUCGACGAUCUGGCAUUGGAGCAGCUGCAGUCUGACGCCUCCGACGCCAUGACGCUGGAGGGUCUCAAGAGCCACUACAACUGCUGUUUCACGUGUGGAGUGAGCUGGUCAGAGGAACAGACUUGUCUGGACUGCAGCGAGUGUGGAGGAUACGCCCUACAUCGCCCUUGCCCCCACUGCAAUGGCACUUGCGAUGGACUCUGGAGUAGAGAUUUGGACGCUACCCACAAGAUGAGACGUGCCCAGUGGAUGGGAGAGUGCAAGAAGGCCCCGCGCGAUAACACACCAAAGAACCAGCAGGACUCUUGAGUGCCGUCCAUCCUAGCACAGCCCUCGGGUGGCCUCACCUCCCGUCAACUGUACAUAGAGCAAGUUGUCCCGCCGCUCCCACCGUGACGUUCCUCCUCCCGCCCAUACUGCACGCCGACUUUGAAGAUUGUUAUAUCGCACAGAUGAGAGCGAAUUUUCGCUUCACAGCACCGUGGCUUCUACACGAUUAUAUAGUUACCACGGACUCCGCGGAAUUUCUCUUUGUGAUGUGACAUCCUCUGGACUUUUGUGCAUUGUACGCCAACUGCGACGGCAUCAUGGGAAAUGUCGACAGCAUCCUGCUGCCGCCGCCGGAUGACCAGCUUCUUCGCUGCUGACGUCAAUAGCCCUGCUAGCGGGAUAAACGUAGCAUCCAAACAUUCCAGCCGUCGCAUAGUUGGCUGCUUUCCACCUCUCAUGGUUUGAGGAAAACGGUUCACUGAUAUCGGGGGCAUAUUCUGUACAGACGUGCUGUUUGUUUCGUGUUUCGCAAUUGAGUUCGCACGCUGCCAUGUCUUCCCUCCAUUACAAGAUUCCGUUAUGAAAAUAUGGAUGCGGUCAUUACUUCCUCAAUGGUAGAAACAUACUCUGCGACUGUCGGGAAACUAUUCUUUUCUAAAACAGCGACCUGUGUCUAGUGAGGUGGCAUUGUUGCUUUGCAGUGCGUCUAGUUAGAACUCUUGCGUGUUUACUUAAGAAAGACCAAUACUAAAACGACCUGCGUGAAGCAUCCCUACGGCCCUUUUGUGCAAUGUUAAACUGAUUUAAUUUAACCUAAGAACACACACGGCAUAAUCAAUGCGAGAUGAGUAGGGGAGGAAAAAACUUUAAUUGUUCGGUGGCCGACCCGUAAUACCAGAACUUUGGGCCGGUAAGGCCCAAAUAUAACGCGAGGCUUUGUGUAAAAUAUUUGUAAGAUGUAAAUCUCUUGCAAGUUUACAUACUCUAAAGUUGCAUUAACUCCGUAAGUAGAACCCAGUGCUGUAGCAUUUUUCACGUAUUGACUAGCUAAUAACUUGUCACGGAAAGGACACAGUGCAAAUACAGGACACAGGCCUCGUACUUAAGAAAUAUAGACCUAAUAAUGUGACAGCUUGACAGCAAAUAAUAACACGUGAUUUACUCUCACCGUGUCUUCGAACAAGACGUACAUCGUAAUAGCAACUACCAACAGCUCACAAACAUCUCAUUAAUGCCUUAUUUCUGUGUUCUUCACUCCACCUAGCCUGUUAAAGAAGCACUUCCCGCUUUGUAUUUUGUUAUUCCAUGUCACACCAAAGCCUUUCUCGACGCCUGUGUGUAGUUUGACUCGUUUUACGAUAUGGAGGGAAGCUCAAAAACUCUGCGCCUUUGUUGUGUGCCAAAAUUGUUUUUAAUCUAUCGUGGUGCAUGUAAAGAAUCUCGCACUGUGAACAAAUAGACGUCACCGCUUUCAGUAUUCGGCUGUCAUACCUUCAAAUUCCACUUUUAGGAGACAGGUGUGCAGUUACCUGACAGUGGCGAAUGUUCUUACAAGCAGAAAAGUGUGCUUUGCAUAAGAAUGCCUCAGAAAGCCACUCAUGUGAGACGAGAGUGCCUUGGCUUUGCGAGGAAGCAAUCCAGAGAACGUGUAUUUUUGUAUGUGGUGAUGACAAAUGUUAGAAACUCCAAGGCACAGUGUCUGGAACUUGGUCACGAUAAGAAGGAAAUGAUAUGUGUCCACUAUCGGCUGAAGGAGACUUGAUGCAGUGCUCCUGAACGGAUCAUUCUAGGCGUGCUAGGCAUCAAAGGUGUUCCGCCCGAUGACGCGACAUGCGCGAUUCAUGCUAUGGUUCUUUCAGUUUUAUUUUGCAUCAUUCAGCAUGUCACAUGCAACUGCUUGUUAAUUCUCAAAAAGUUACUAGUAUGUUGAGGAUCAAGAUUCGGGGCUGUAUAUCUGCAGAUAACGCAUAGUUAAGCACAAAUCUCAGUUUAGAUUAUUAACGAAGUACUAAAAAAGGGCAGCUGAUAGAUAAUCGAAUGAGAAUCCGGCGAAAGUUCUACAAUUAAAAAGAAAAGAAAGAUUAUCACCCGAAAGUCGCAUACACUGCGCAGGUCACGCCAUCAGGCUUUGCUGAGCCCGCAGAAAAACUCAUGGUGCCACAGAUAUCAAACUUGUCUUGUCCUCCGGUGCACAAAUAUGUUCAUCGUGCGCGUAUUAUUUAUUGAAAUGUGUCUCGCGGAAUGUGCAUCUUUAUCAGAGUGAUUAUCAUUUGCAAUAAAAGUUAUCUCACAGUUA